UACACCACUCAACUACAUCUCUUCUAGGAGCCCAUCUUGGCAACAUUACUUGGCUAUCUCACGAUCCUGUGGGCUAUUAUUAUGUUUUGGCUUCGAUUUUUGCCCGGAACACUAGGAGCAACCUCGUCCUCUACCUCUCGACCCUUUGUCUCAACCAAGUUCCAGCAGCCGUCAACUCGACGGGCCGUCUCGGCUUCCACCGCUGUUGGCCCCGAGUGAUUGCUCCUUGGCCUUGGUGUAAGUGAAUGGUCUUUGUGCGGAUUGCCCCACGCACACCCGGAUUAGGCAGACAAUAGGUGUUACUUCUAACAUUCCACUUCAUCUCUCAAGCCAUCCGUCACGGACCUCGGAGAUGGCACCGCCAAGCAAGAAAGGCAAGAUGGGACCGCCACCCACUACGUCCAAAGUGUCAAAUGUGUCCAGUGUGUCCACUGCGCCGACGCCGCCCAGCACCUUGUAUCGCAACGGACGUCAGCGUGGUACUUUGGGGGCCGAAGCAGUGCUGCGGUCGAGACUUGAGCAUCGUUCCAGGGCUCCUUCCCAAUCCAGCACGUCCAGUUUUGGUGUUCCGGAAAUCCGCACACCAACCAAGUCAACCAUAACCCUGGAAUCCUUGAGCUCGGGAACUCCCAGCGCACGCGAAGCAAGCCUCAAGACUGCUUCCGUGUCCAGCACGUCCAGUCCCGGUGUUCCUGGGAUUCAUACUCCAGCAGAGUCAGUUACAACACUGAGAUCUUCGGCCUCGGAAAUUCUCGGCUCGCAAGAAGUGACUGGUUCCACAAUCUGCUUGAAUCCUUCACAAGAGUGGAAGGGGUCUCAUGGUGACAGGCAUGAGGUUGCCAGUAGAACGACCUCUGUUUCCUCCGUCGGCACCUCGAGUUGUACCCACACAAGGCUUCUCCAGCAGUUGCGAGACCUCAUGGAAGAUAACGAACGGUUGCGCACUCAAAACGAUGUCCUCCAACGCGAGGCCGGCAGGACAGCUUUGACAGACGGAGAACAGGAACGCAGACUCAAACAACUCGCGGAGGAGGAGCGCACAGCAACUGUUGACGCCCCACGCAGAUCCACGGCAGGGCUGUUCAAGUCCGUAUGUUCCAUCGAUUUGUUGUUCCUCAUCGACACCACAAUAUCUAUGCGUCCAUACAUUGAGAGUGCAAAGUCUCAAGUCAGGAGCAUUCUAGACGAUAUCAAUCGCGUACUUCUCAAACAAGCCAAAGUUAGGGUUGCGGUGGUGGGUUACAAAGACCACUCUGACAACCCAAGUAUUCAAUUCCUGGACUUUACAAAGUCUACCGAUCAAGUGCGAUCCUUUCUCGACAAGCUAGCUGCUACCGGCGGACGUGAUGAUCCUGAAGAUGUUCUUGGAGGGCUUCAGCAGGCGCUUGGCGCAACCUGGAAACAACACACACGAGUCGUCCUUCACAUCGCCGAUGCCCCGCCUCACGGCCGUACACUCCAUGACUUCGCCGACGAGUAUGACAGCUAUCCCAACCCGGGCAGCGAGCCUCAUGGAUUGACCUAUCGGCCGAUACUCCAGCGUAUGCUUGAUGCAAGGAUCAACUACGUUCUUCUUCGCAUCACAAACUACACAGAUCGCAUGGCGUUGACAUUUUGGGAAGAGUACGCCAGGGCCGGGAGCGACUGUAUGCUAAGCGAGAAAAACAGAUACUAUAGCCAAGCUUGUGGUAUCAAGAACAGCGAUGGCACGCCGAAUGGCGGCAUGGUGUUCCGGGAGGCUGAGUUAGGUCUCACAUUCGCCGCACUACAGCGUCUCGUCGUCGAGGCUGUCACUACUUCGGUGAUGAGUAGUACUGUAAGAUCUUUGACUGCGUUCGGAAGCAUCAAAAGGGCGCCGGGCGGAACUAGUAGUCAGAGAGUGAACUACUCUGGACUUGGAUCCAUUCAGGAGAAUGAAGAGCUUCUACGUCAGCCUGACGUUAGGCUGGAAAAAAGCAGCCCGCAUUGGGGUAACCUGGAGUGGUUUGAAGAGUGUCUCGUUGUAGAGGGCUUUUCGAUCGAUGCCACUAUCACUGCUGGCUUGAACGACGGCUUCGCCCUCGGCACUAGCAUGCUCGACCACAUGAUGGAAUCCGAUACGAACAUGACAGUCAGCGUCUUUGGGCUUAAUCUUUGCAAGCGGAAGACUCCAUUUGCUAAAGGAGCCUUGCGGUUGACCUCAUUUGCCCGCACCGAGUAUUCGAGAAGCCGUUACGUGGUGAAGGAGUUCAAGACUGAUGGUGAUAACGAGGACGACGGUUCACACAACCGCAGCCUCGCCCAUCUUGUUGAGGACAUGCGCUCGCAAGCCCUUUGUAAGGCCUUUGCACUCGAAUUCAACUCCCUCUUGGCUGACUGUCCCGAACACAAUAUCGACUUUGUCGUCACGUCCUGCUUCAAGUGCAAUGGCAGGCGUGGGAGUAAAGGCAAGUGCAUCUCCAUCGAGCCUUUCCUCGCCGGCAAGUUUGUCAAGUACAACGGCAACGCGGGAUACGCCAACAAAGAGGCCAAUCUCGCCCAUGACCCUUCCAACCAGGCUGCUCAGGCGUUUUCACACUUUUCGUUUGAGCGCUCGCGCGGCCGGUUCCUGGUUUGCGACCUACAGGGCGUGGGCAAGACCAUGACGGACCCGGCUGUCCACACGCUCGACCCGUACCGGUUCUCACUGUCACAGACCAAUCUCGGCGCUGAAGGGUUCAUGUUCUUUUUUGCUUAUCACGAGUGCAACCACCUUUGCCGCCGGCUCUCGCUGAGGAGCAGCGCGACGAUGUUCAUGGGUGAUGGCAUGAAGAUGCAGUUCAGGGAUUUUUGGCCUAGUCCGGGCUUGGGCAACCGUCUUUACGGUGACGAGGCAGUGGUUUGCUGCUCAAACAAGCUGUGUGGGAGGAUCUUGAAGCGAUUCCAGCCGGUGACCUCGAAGCUUUCAAGUUUUCCUGGGCACCGUUGGUGCGACGAGUGUUUACCGCAGUUGGACGAGUUCAAAGUCAUUCGGUGGUGUUCGCCUGUAGGUGAGCAGGGCCAUCGGUUUGAGGUUUCGGGAUUCUUUUACGAGUCCCAAGGCAAAAGGAUACCUCUGAGAUGCCCCAAGCAUGACAAGUACACCUCUGCAGGCAUUUAA